AGCUGCCGGGUUUCCGGGCUGGCGCGGGCGCUAUGACAACGGAGGAGGCCAGGAAUCAGAGCUGCAAACAGCGGCGGCACCGGGGACAGUGAGAGCCGCCAACACCGGCACCAGUGGAGCCUGAGCUGUUUGCGUUUGACUUGAUUGCCUGUCACUGGGGUUUGCGGCUGUGGGAGGGGGUUGCAGCCCCUUUACGGAUUUUGAAGAUUGAAAAAGGAUGUCUUUGUUUAAAGCUCGAGACUGGUGGUCCACCACACUAGGAGAGCAUGAGGAAUUUGACCUGGGAUGUUUGUGUGUUGCUGAUGUGGACAAUAGUGGAAGUGGAAAUGACAAAAUUAUUAUUGGCAGUUACAAGGGAAUUCUGCGGGUGUAUUCUCCACAGCCUUCCAAACCCGGAGCAACGGCCCAACCAGAAGAGUUAAUCCUGGAGAUUCAACUUCAGGAUCCUAUAUUGCAAGUGGAAGUGGGAAAAUUUGUUUCCGGUACAGAACUACUUCACUUGGCUGUUCUACAUCCUAGAAAGCUGUCAGUCUUCGCUGUCUCAGGAACGAUGGGUACAGUUGAACAUGGAAAUCAAUACCAGUUAAAACUAAUGUAUGAACACAACCUUCAACGGACAGCUUGCAACUUAACAUAUGGAGGUUUUGGUGGAAUAAAAGGUCGAGACUUAAUGUGCAUUCAAUCUAUGGAUGGGAUGCUCAUUUUCUUUGAACAAGAAAGCUAUUCUUUUGGUCGUUACUUGCCUGGUUUCCUCUUGCCCGGCCCAUUGAAAUACAGCUCCAGGUCUGACUCUUUCAUUACAGUCUCCUCAAGUCGACAAGUUGAAAACUAUAAGUACCAAGUGCUAGCUGUUGCCACAGAUGCCGAAACAAAACAAAAUUCUGAACAGCAGAAACUUGGGUCUGGGAAGAAACUAACGAAAGACUGGAUAGUGAACAUUGGUGAACAAGCGUUGGACAUAUGCAUAGUAUCAUUUAUGCAGGCUGCUUCCUCUAUAUUUGUACUCGGAGAGAGAAACCUUUUUUGUUUUAAAGAAAAUGGACAACUUCGUUUUAUGAAAAAAAUGGAGUAUAGCCCUAGUUGCUUCUUACCAUACGGUUCAGUUUCGGAAGGAACAAUAAACACUCUCAUUGGAAACCAUAAUAACAUGCUGCUAAUAUACCAAGAUGUUACUCUGAAAUGGGCUGCACAGCUUUCACACAUUUCUGUGGCUGUUAGAGUUGCCAACUUCCAGGAUUUGAAGUGUGUAGUGGUCACUUUAAGUGACAGUGGCCAUUUACAAUGCUCAUAUUUGGGGACAGAUCCUUCGCUAUUUCAGGCUCCAAAAGUUGAAUCGAGGGAAUUAAAUUAUGAAGAGAUGGAUGGAGAACUGAAGGAAUUGCAGAGAGUUAUCAGGGAAGCUAUAAAAUCACAAGGUAUUUUGCCUCAGAUUAAAGAAGAUGAUUUGAACGUGACCAUUCUGGUCUCCCCCAACCUGGAUGAAAUUCCUCAAACUACUGAUAAUGAGGUAGACACAACGAUUCCUUCAAAUGCAAUAAAGGUUACAAUUUGGAGCAGACUUGCUGUUCAGAAUGUGAAAUUAUCUGUAUGUGUGCUGCCUCCACUAGCAGUAACACAAGACAAGUUCACGUUUGCUGAAGUGGAAGCUGGAACCUCAAGAUGUGUAAUACUGUCUGUUUUCCUGAAAAGAAGUUUCCCACCUGCUGAGCUGGGAGGAGAUGCUGCAGUAUCAUACAGCACACAAACAGAGCAAAACCCCGCAGGUAUUCCUCGAAUCGCGCACUGUAAAUUUAGUUUGCCCCUGAAGUUAGUUUGCCAACAGAGCCAACCAUCUAAGAAUGCGACUAAUAAAAUAACAAUUGAAACAAACAAACCUCCUGUAAAUCUUUUGGCACUCUUUCCAGAUUUCCUUGGACAAUCAGAUGAUGACCAGAUCAAUGUUUUGGGAUUAAAAUUAUUCUCGGGUGCAACAACUACAGUUCUAGCUUCCAAAACAUCACGUCGUUACAGAGUUCAAUGUGACCAGUUUGAAGACCUCUGGCUGAUAACGAAAGAAAUUGUCCAGCGUUUACAAGAGAAUUUUGCCAGCCAAGGAACCCAAGACUUUAUGUGCAAAUUCCCUGGGCCCAUUCCCCUGCUGGAGUAUUUUGAACUCAUCGAUAAACAUUUUGAGUUGCGCCUAAAUGCUGAGAAGUACAAAGAGCUUCUUUCAGAAAGGGCUGUACAGUUCAGAGCUAUCCAACGGCGACUUUUAACCCAUUUCAAGGACAAAACUCCCACUCCUCUACGUAAUCUGGACACAUUGUUGGAUGGAACUUAUCGGCAGCUGAUUGCUCUAGCAGAUGCCGCAGAGGAGAACCAGACUGACCUGUGUCAAGCUUUCACGAGGCUAAAGAGUGCCACCCAGCUAAUAGUUCUGUUGAUCAGUCUGUGGCAAGGCCUAAGCAAAGAUCAGGUGAUCAUACUAGAAGCUGCAUUCUUACCUCUCAUACAAGAUACCCAGGAACUGGGCUGGGAAGAGAGUGUGGAUGCAGCAAUUGUUCACUUACUAAGGAACUGUCUGUCUAAGAGCUCGAAGGACCAGGCCCUGAGCUUCACAAGCCAGCUCGCUAUGCCUAAGGAUACCAGUAGAUUGAAGAAGCACAUGACCCUGCUGUGUGACAGAUUGAGCAAAGGUGCUCAGCUGUCCUUAACCACAGACAGCACACAACAGACAAUUACAAUACCAGGCUAUGAAACUAUCCCAGAGUCUGACCUAGAAGCUAAAUCACCAGAGCAUGAAACGGCAGAAAAGCACAGCAAAAGUAUACAAGCAACAAAGAAGAAAUCCAAUCCGGGUGUCAAAUUUAGCUUUCCAGUACAAAGUAGGAUUAAGACUCAGGUAACAGUUUAUGCAAGACGGAUAAAUCAAGUAUCCAUCAUCGAUUAA